AUGGCUCGGCACACGGGUAUUGACCAGACAGAGCCUUAUGGAGCCAAGCUCGUGGAACUUGCCGCUCAGAACGUUUCAAACCCACUUCCAGCAGAAAAUGCAAUCAAUGCUCGACUAACUGCCAUUGAUGGAACUGGUACUGCCAUCUUGGCCAGCAAGAUCAAGACGGCCACCAACGACUUUGGCGGCUUCGCCCUAGUUCUCCAGGACGAUGCAAAGUAUAACGACUUCUACUGGCUCCAAUUCAUCACUCGACAGCUCGUCGUUGACAAUGCUGCCAAGACCGGUAACUUGGUCAACAAAGCAUCCACUCCUGCAUACCAGCUGGUAGACGCUACAGGAGAGGUCACGGACUUCGCCAGUGGGGCUGGAGCAUCAAACUGGAACACCUGCUGGGGAGUUGACUCUGGCCUCACCAAGGGCUUCUUCGGUGACACGUAUGAAUACGUGUACUCAGACACUCUGAAGAUAACAGCCGUCCUGGACCCUCCGAGCGUUCUAAUGGGGAAAACCCCGACAAGUGUGAGAGAGAAAGCUCUGUACAAAGACUGUCCAGACGGAUUGGUUAAUAUGAAGACUGAGCUAGGAGACGGUCAGGGAAUCUCCCGCGCCUACUUCUCUGACUAUCUCUUGAAGAAGGUUGAUGGGGACAGAUACCGUAUCUAUGCCCGCUUUGACCUGACUCUGACUUGGAAUGCAAGGGAGGCGGACAAGAAGAAGUUUACACUCAACACUUUGGCUUCCACUGAGACCAACGCCUUACUCGCUUGCCACAUGGCUGCUCUGCGACAUGUCACCACCCCAGGCGAUGGCACUGAAGGCAACGAGUCUUUCGAAACCUUUCGCAGCAAGAUCAUUUAG